AUGCUUAAGACAGUUUGCUGCAACAAUUUGUGGCGCAUGUUGCAGUUGCGCGCUGUCACAUUGUCCGCUGUUGCAGCUGGACCGCUCUGGCGCCAUUUAGAAGCCGCAUUAAUCAAUUUUACCGUCGCUGCAACAGCCAGCAGCAGCAGCAAGUCGCAGCACGCGAAACUGAAAGCUGCCUCCAGGACCAGCAGACAUUCAUUUACAAUAAUGACAUUAAAAUGGCGUCAGAAAUACAAAAGCAGAAAAAGGCCAAAGAAACUGAAACAACGUGCAACAGACACUGCCGCAACAAACAGAAACAGACUGAGUGAAUUAACGAGCAUGAGGCAGCAGCAGCAGCAGCAACGCAGCUUGUGGCAGUCAAAUGAGCGCCACAAAACGUCACACAAAAUGUUUCAAGCGCUGCAGCAACAAAUGCAAUACAAUGUCAUACAAUUAAGGCUUCCAACUACAGCAACAACAGGCAACGUCAGCCAGCAGCAGCAGCAGCACCAACAACAACAUUGAUGGCUACUCUGCUUAGCUGCUGUUGUUGCAGCAGCAGCUGCAGCAUCCUCGGCUGCCAACAAUCCUGCCAAUUUGCAAGGCGCCGCUGCCGCUGUCGCCGCUGCAGCUUGCUCGCUGUCCGAGUUCAGUUGCUCCAACGGACGCUGCGUACCGAUCAGCAAAUUCUGCAACAACAACAACGACUGCGGCGAUGGCAGCGAUGAGCCGCGCUUCUGCACACGCUGCAAUCGCACUUAUUAUGGCGAUAUCGGCCAGACUUAUGCGCUGGAGCUGCAUCGUCCCAAGCAGGAUCGUGUGCCAUUUGUAUGUGUGCUCACCUUUACGGCAGCGGGUGGACAACAUGGCGAUGUGGUGCAGGUGACGCUGGAUAGCUUUACGAUUGGCCGCUUCACCAGCUACGUGCACGAAGGCUGCCCGGAUGGCUAUAUGCAAAUCGCCGAAACAGCUCGCACGCCCAUUGGCGGCAUGUGGUGCGGCACCUCGUGGGGACCAGUUUUAUUCUACAGCGAGACGCGCUCGCUAAUAUUCACCAUCAAGCUAAACAGACUGGCGCGGGAUCAAAGCGGUUAUAACUUUGACUUUCGCAUUAGGUACAAGGUGCUGUCAAAGGACAGCUCGGUGACACGCUAUGGCGGCAUUAAGCUCACGGAGCUCAGUCAGUGGCACAAUCGCAGCCACAAGAAAAGAAGCAGAAAGCAGCAGCAGCAGCAGGCACAGGCCGGUGCUUUGGAGGACUUUACUAAUUCGAGCGGUGCGCGCUCGGAUCGUUAUGGCCAGGACUUUAGCUUGUUUAGCGCUUAUGCCAACAAUAAAACGUUUAUGGACUCGCUGGAGAAGCCGCUGCCCAAGGACAACCAGAACUACACUGAACCCAAAUAUUAUUUGGGCGACCUUAUACCAGGCACUUACUGCUCCCGCAUCUACAGCGACUGCGACAAGAAAGCGUGUCGCCUGCAAUCGCCCAACUAUCCGGGCAUCUAUCCACGCAACCUCACCUGCUAUUAUGCAGUGCGACAGCACGAUGUGCCCCAUGGCAAGCAUGCGCUGAUUCUAGUUAAACAGCCCAAGGGCAAUCUGGUUUGGAUUUCGACACAGGAAACGGCUGCCACCAACAAAAUGGCACCGCCGCCCAGCGCCAACGACAAGGACAAAAAAUUUGAGCCACGACUUAAAACAUGGAACGACUGCGAUUACAUUCAGGUAAUUAAUACUGUAUACGAUGGCUACACCACACGUGACCCCAUCAUAUUGAAGUUUUGUGGCGGCGGUCAGGCAGUGCCUGCGGCGGUCUCCAGCGGCCCCGAGCUGCUGGUCGAGUUCAGCACGUCGCCGUUUGGCACCUUUACGGGCACCUCCUCGCAGGUGCUGCCGCUUUACGGCUUUCAGCUCGAGGUUGAAGUGCAGUUCGUGGACAUACAAAGCCCCACGUACUCGAAGAAUAAGAAGCCCUGUGAGUUCUGGAUACGUGGCGCUGGUCGUGGCAUACUCGAGAAUCCGAAGCAUUCGCUGGCGCCCAACUCCACUUGCCUCUACCAUUUGCAAGGCAUGGGCGUGUUCAAGACCUUUGACCAUCUGAGCUUGUCGCGCCGCACCAACAGCCAAGCGGGCAUGCAUCCACCUGUGUCCAGGUUUAAAGUAUGGAUAUCUAUGCUAAAGUUCAAUUUGGAUCCCGAGUUUGGGCAAAUCGACGAGACUUCGGUGGGGGCCAUUGGCGUGCUGCAGACUCAAGAGGAUUGCAGCGGCAUGCUGCGCAUCUGGGAUGGCACACUACGUGAAGCGCCUGUCUGCAAGGAUCUCAAUUGCGCCAGCGCCGAGACCAGCAACUACAACUCGCUUGGCCACUACACACACAACUCCACGAAUGUCAUAGCGCGCUUCUGUCGCGGCACCAUACCACGCACCUGCGAUCGCUCGAACAUAAACGAAACCUACGCCAGGCCCUGCACCAUCUCCGAGAGCUAUGUGUCCAGCAACGAUGCCAUAACGCUCGAGCUGCGCAACACCGAGUCCACAGUGCUGCGUCCGUUGGACUUUAAGCUGAAGUAUGAGUUUAUUGAUCUGCAUCAGGAUGGGCUACCGCAGGGCGGUGGCGAGCUGGACUGCAAUCGCAAGUUUGUGAGCAGUCUCAUGGAUCGCAAGGAUCCCGCCAUCUUUCGCAGCGUGCGCAACAUUUUUCUGUUUGGGCGCGGCGGCACGCGUCAUCUCAAGUGUGUCUAUCGCUUUGAGGCGCAGCGUACCGAACGUGUCAGAAUCAAACUGCGCAAGGUAACCACAUCGAACAGACCUUGCUACUCGAAAGUAGACGAAGAUAUCAAUCGCUCCUUUUGCUAUGGUGACACCAAUGUGCGCGUUGAGAUCUUUGAGCGUCCGUCGCAAGACUCUAUUUUGUUGCAUCGCGGCUGUCUUUGCAACAGCUCCAAUGAGUCGCACUCCGUGGAAUACACUUCGACGAGCUCACGCGUAGAAGUGCACUUUACGGCGGAUAACAUGACCACACUCGACGAUCCGGAUACUGCUAACUUUGAGGGCAUGUUUGAGUUUGUCAAGGCGCCCACCAGCUGCAAGGAUGGCAGACGCAAGUUUGGACCCAGCGGCACCAUAGACAUGACCUUUGGUGAUAUUGAAUGUCGCUCCAGACCUUGGCUCAUUGAACCCAUUGGCAACAAGUUUUUGUAUGUGCGACUCAAGGCAAUCUUUCUGAGCAAACACAAUCCCAAGAAGACACUGAAUACCACCUAUGUGGCGCCCAACACCUGGCGCUGCGAAACAAAGUCACGCGCUGUGCUUACCACAUAUGAAGGCUUAACUAUUGUUGCAUGUCCGCUUAGCCCUGACUCGAGUGCUUAUGAAUUUGUGGAGAUCUUUAGCUCUGGCUGGAACGAACGUCCCAACUUUGCGCUCAUCAAUCGCUCGAGAGCCAUCAGUGUGGAGUUCUUGCGUCCCACCAAUGGCGAGUUUACCUUUAAUUGGAUGGAAAUAUUGCCCAGACCCACGCUAAGCAUAGCUGAGGAUUGUCAAUACAAGUGCGCCGAGCUGGGCGCCUGCGUUAAUGCGAGCGUCUGGUGCGAUGGCAUUGUGCACUGUCCCUCGGCUGAUGAUGAGACCUUCCUGCAGUGCUCGGCCAUAAUGAAACUACCCAUCGAACUACUUGCUACGCUCUGUCUGAUUUUUGUGCUCACGUGUUGUGCUUUUGUCGCCUCGGCUUACAAAAAAAUCAAACGCAAGCUGCGCGGCUCCUCGGUGCUGCAGACGCGUCUAAAGUCGCUUAGCUCCAUGGAUACAGCGGUGCUGGAUGAAAAGGAGAAAAAAAUCAUCGUUGAGACCAAGACCUAAGGCUUGGGAGCAACAAACAGUGCGCAACAACAACAACGAGGCUGGAGUCAGCUGAGGAUCGUUGAUUCACAGACAAGACAACAGAGAGAUCAGUGACAAGUCGCUAAACGUUAAACUCAACUUUCAAGAAUUGUAAAUAAAUGCCAAUGAGAACAAAUAGAAAAUGUAUAAUAAUUUUACACAGCGCGUUUUAUUUAUAUUGAUUCGCAUCUGUAUAUCUUAAGUUACACUCGAAAAAAGAGAAACAUCAAACUCUGACAAUAAAACUCCUAAAUCUUUCACACUACACAGUUGCUCUUUGACAAAAAAACAAAAAUCAUUUAAUAAUGCUUAGUAGACAACAUAAUACAAUACAUACAUAUAUCUAUGGUUCUUGAGAUCGGAAUCCUUAGAUUUGCUUCAUUGAAUACAUAUACAUACAAUUAAUAGUUGAACUAAUCGCAUUAAACAAAAGAUAAUACACUUAAAUGCAAUCAUAUAAAAAUAUUUUCGUUUAGCUUAAAUCAGUUAUCAGAUAUAAUUAGGCAAAUACAAUUAAUUAUAUAUAAUGUGCAUCGAUCUCACAUACGGACUGAGGCAAUGACACUGGCAAAUACAUACACCGAACCUGGGAUGAGCGUUAAAGGGUUCGAUUUUUUAAAUUAAAACUAGUUUAAAUAUAAAAACCUAAAGAAAUUAAACCAAACAGUAACUCAACAUAAGCUAAAUUUGA